AAAGGCUUUGGAAGAAGGAGAGGCGUUGGACGCGUGCAGGAGAAAGGGGAAUUGAUGCGUUCAUCCCUGCGCGUUUAUGUUCCUCCUUUGGUUGCUAACAAACAAAAAAGAGCUCUCUUGGGAAGGUCUACUCGGAUGUAGGCGCCAUGGGAUUACAUGCAGGUAUGAACUUCAGCUGAACCUCUGCAUCUGUUUUCCAAGGGGACAAAAGAGACUACAUAAAAUGAUCUAAAAGCUGGGUUCGGGUUAAACGAUGACUUCUCCUCUCUCUUCUCUGGGAAAGAUUCGAAGAAUGCCAUUCGUCAUGCAUAGCCAAGGGAAGAGGGCAGUGCCAUUCAAAGAAAGUGGCCCAAAUGGGGAUGAAGAAGCUCUGAUGAGUGAAAUCCUAGGGCCAGGCACCCAAAUUCCAGUUCAAGUCAGUGGCCCUUCCUGCUCAAGUGGAAGUUCGGCAAAACCAGCAAUCCCUGAAGUUGCUCCCACGGACAUGGAGCUGAUGACCUCCAUGAUGCAGAAGAUUGCUUUGCUGGAACAGAAAGUCAAGAGCCAAGGCCGUGCCAUUCAGCACAAGGACAAGAAGAUCAAAGAGCUUGAAGAGCAGAUGAAAAUCCUUCAGAAAGGCAAUGAGGAAUCUUCAGGGUUGAGCAGAGCAGAGGAGCUGGAAGUGAUCUGCCUUCAGCUGCAGCAUCAGAUCUGGGAAAUGGAGCGGUUUCUGAAUGACUACGGAUUGAUCUGGGUAGGAGAACAAAACGAAUCUGCAGACGAUAGGGAGUCGGUGGACGGAGAAGGGAGUCGGUCAUCACGGGGUCUCUGGAAGCCAGGCAAUUCUGUUGUUUCAGAAUCAUCAAUCAAUUUUGAUACCAUCUUUGAAAAUCUGAAAGAUUUAAAUGUGCUGGCUGGGGAGGGCAUGUCCCAAAUCGAACACGUGGCAGGCGGGGCUCGGUUGAGGCAGCUGGACCCAGUCCCCCUCACCUUCUAUCAGAACGGGAUUGUAAUGUUCAAUGGUCCCUUCCGGUCGUAUGAGGAACCUUCCACACAGCAAUGCCUGCAAGAUCUCAUGGACGGCUAUUUCCCUUCUGAGCUGCAGAGGCGUUACCCAGAUGGUGUUCCAUUUCAGGUCACCGACAAGAGAGAGGUCUUCUUUCGGGAGAGGCAGCUGGCAGAGAGUUUUCGCCAGGGCUGGGUCGUUGGCAAUCCAAAACCAAGUGGGAUGAAGGAAACAAUGGAAAUUCCAGGUCCCAAACUCACUGUGAAGCAGUUUAUGAACAGACUUCCAAAGUCACUGAUCCGAGAUGGGCAAGUGAUUGAUAUUCGGAAAGACGUUGAAGAAACCCUGCAGGGCUCUAGUGGGAUGCAGAAGCAUGAAAUGAUUCUAGUGGAGACACCCAGCCUCCUGGCGAUGAAAAAGAGGUUGGAAGGGGACGUUCAAGAGCAGACUCCUCCUGAUCCCAACAUCUCGACUCUUCGAAUAAAGUCUGAGAAUGGGGAGAAGACGUACAUCAUCAAAAUGCCAUUCACAGAGACCAUCGGAGACCUGCGGCAGCAUCUUGCCAAGAACAGGGGAGGAGAGGUGGAAUCAUAUGAGAUCCUCAGCAUUUUCCCCCGGCAGGUGUACAGCAACAAUGCUAUGACCCUGGAAGAGUGCGGGCUGGUUCCCAAUGGCUCCCUUCUUCUGAGGAGAAAGGUGUCUCAGACAAAAUUGCCACGAUAACGGCUGUAACGGUUUAUAAUGGAUGAUUCAUCAGGCUUGGCUACUGUUCAUUUCUCAAGGAAGUAAUGUACUUCAUUCUCCUUCCCUGUUUUAGCCUCUGGUCUUGGCAAGAAGACUCUUCCUUAUGGUCGGAGGGAACCAUGAUAGGACUGCUGUCUAUAUUACCUACCAGCUUUACUUGUAUGUAGGAGAAAUGUAGGAGUGCACAGAUAACUUUGUUCCCCUUGUAUUACUUUACACCCUAUCCCAAUCAGGCAAGUACCACUGCCCCGAAUGCCUUUUCCUGUUAUGGCCAGCUGGGGGUGACCUAGAACCAGAGAUAAGCCAAAGAAACGCUAAGUGGUAAGUGGUGCAAUUGGCUGGUUUCAGCAAUGUUGCUGAGAUUCUAAGCCCACUGUCUUAUUGGGGCCAAUGCGAUGUAUGGUUCCAAAGUUGUAUGCUGUUGAAGGAGCUAGUGCAGGAUAGCAUUCCCUAGUAUACUGUGGCCUAUCCUGGGGGGCUGAAAGACACGCUAAGCUAAUCUGGUAGGGCACAGAUACUGUUUUAUGCCCUAUAAUGGGAAGGUUAAACAGAGGAGGACCUGGAAGCCUGGCUGUCCGACUGUUCUUCUUGGGAGUGAUGUGCUGGGAAGGGCAAGCCAGACAUCCAGAACAUAAACCCUUCCCCUUUUGCAAGAACAGGGCCUAACUUAUGGGCUAAGCCGAUUUAUUUUGCUCAUCGGAAGGCUGUGACCAAGUUCAAUCCACUCAUUUGACAGAGUACUGAAUUGCUGUCUUCCUACAGCAUGGGCAAUGACGCUAGAUCCUCCAUCCCCAGCUAGACGUUGUUCACUUAACAUUCACCUGAUCCCCAAAGUAAGCUGGCUGCCUCUUUCAGAGCCAGGUUGAAGUCUCAACCAUUCUUCUUUGCAAGGCUGGCCACACCCCACAAUUGGGAGCGGGGGGUGGUCACAGAGUUCAGUUGUUUACACUGCCCAUCUUCUCCCUCUUAGACAAAGGCCAGCAUCAGAUGGAAUACUUGCGUUGGGUCUUUUUAACAGUACAGAAGUGGCGGGUAUAAGUUACUUGCUUAUUUACAGUCCUUACAGCUUUGUAUUGCUGGAGGGGGGAGACUGAAUGCUCUCUUCAACACAGAAAUAUCAAAAAAAUGUUUUCUUUGAAAAA